ACUUACAUAAUGACAUCUAUCUAAUAAUUAAUAUAUACGUAAUAUUGGAUUCUCAACAAUAAUGCAACACAUGAUUAUACUUUUGGUUUACAAAAAACGCAAAAAGUCUGCUUAUCAUGUUUUAAUUUACAUAACAAGGUCAUUUAUUCGAAGUUAAUUAAUAUAAAAUAUUUCGUGGCUUUUUGGUUAACACGUUGGAAGUAGCCACGUUGGCUUGAUAUAUAUGGUUACUUAUAAGAUAAGAGUCUUCUUGACCAAUCAUCGGUCGUAUGUUCGAUCAUCACUUAUCUUCCCGCCAAACACGAGUGAUCUUUUCAGUAAAACGAUCAUCUGUUUUGAGAGCAUCAUGAAAAAUUUUUCCAGGAUGUGGAUGAUACUUGCAAGUGGCUUUUUAGCUAUUGCAUUAACAAAUGCGGAUAAUGAAGCACAUAAGGCUUUCGAUGCAACAAAUGCGAUUCCUGACGAUGGAAAGAUUCCAACGGCAAAAGAACUUCUUGAAAUGCUUGAUUCGAUGAGUGGAUUAUCAGAUGAAGAAAAAUCGAGUCUUAGAGAGAAUCUAUUAAAAAAUCUUCAAGGAGAUCAUGUUCCUGAGAUGAUGCCUGGCAAUGAUUUGACUAUGCAAACUAUGGUUCUUUUAUCCUUAUUGGGCAUUGUUGCUCUCAUUUUUGUUUUCUUCGUUUACAAAUUGUUCAAAUGCUUAUCGGACAGACAAACAAAACGAGAAGAAAAGAAGAAGAAUAAACAAAUGAAGAAGAAAAAGUAAUGUAAUUGAUACAAAAAUAAGAAUAUGCAAUAUGUUAUAAAUCAAUAUGAUAUAUCAUGUUGUUACGCGAAUAAUCUUGUUAUAUUUUAUGUGAAAAAUAAUUUAUAAUUUACAAAAUACUCUAUUUUGUUAAAUAAAAUAGUAUAUUUAUAAAUUAUAAAAGUGGAGAUCAUUUAUUGGGGGGGGAGGAACAAUAUAUUUUGGCAAAAGGAUAUUUAUUGUGCCGUUUUAUGACAUACAUAAUAUAUAACAUGCAAUCAAAUCAACAUAUUCUUCUGUAUGUCACGAUGGACGUUGAAGUUUCUAUUCUUUUAAUAUCAUUUUAUAUAAUAUCUAAAUUAAGAUAUACAAAGAUAUUUUUUCUUAACACAUGUACAAUCCUAACGAUUGUUACACAAUUCGUUCAAUUGAUAUAAACAAUAUGCAUUUUACGUCAUAUUGAGGAUUGAGAUGUGCUAUUAGUUCAAUUCACAUAUGUGAUUAGACAUAAAUUAUAGAAAAA